AUGGCGGGAAAGGUGUAUAUGGUAAUGGCAUUGAUAAUAAUGGGAUUUGUUUUACAAGCAUGCAAUGGAAUGAAUGUUGAUGUUGAUGAUGGUGAUGAUAUCAAGCCAACAGAAGAUUCAAGAUUCUUUUGCUUCAGAGUCUGUUCCAUUAGAUGUGGCAAACAAAACAAACCUUGUUACCAAGAAUGUUUGCCAAAAUGUGGUCUUCCACGACGACUUGCUAAACCAACAACAUCUCCAUCAUCACCGUCCUCCACCGUUUGA